GCGGGCGCGGAGAGUCGGGCGAGGCGGCGGCUGCGCGCGCUGAAGGGCGUCCGUCUGCUGCAGGUCCCGGGAGCGGUCUCAGCUGCUGCGGCCGAGUCGAGUUUCCAGCGGAGUGAGGAAAGCCCGCGAGGAACCCAAGAUGCCGAAGCCAAUCAACGUCCGAGUUACCACCAUGGAUGCGGAGCUGGAGUUCGCCAUCCAGCCAAAUACAACAGGAAAACAGCUUUUUGAUCAGGUGGUGAAGACCAUCGGCCUUAGGGAAGUGUGGUACUUUGGCCUCCAGUAUGUGGAUAAUAAAGGAUUUCCUACCUGGCUGAAACUUGAUAAAAAGGUGUCAGCACAGGAGGUCAGAAAGGAGAAUCCUCUCCAGUUUAAGUUCCGGGCCAAGUUCUACCCUGAAGAUGUGUCUGAGGAGCUCAUCCAGGACAUCACGCAGAAGCUUUUCUUCCUCCAAGUGAAGGAGGGAAUUCUCAGCGAUGAGAUUUACUGCCCUCCUGAGACGGCAGUGCUCCUGGGCUCGUAUGCAGUGCAGGCCAAGUUUGGAGACUAUAAUAAGGAAACGCAUAAGUCUGGGUACCUCAGCUCUGAGCGGCUGAUCCCACAAAGAGUCAUGGACCAGCACAAGCUCACCAGGGACCAGUGGGAGGACCGGAUCCAGGUGUGGCAUGCGGAGCAUCGCGGGAUGCUCAAAGACAGCGCCAUGUUGGAGUAUCUGAAGAUUGCUCAGGACCUGGAAAUGUACGGAAUCAACUAUUUUGAGAUAAAAAAUAAGAAAGGAACAGACCUCUGGCUCGGGGUUGAUGCCCUUGGACUAAACAUUUAUGAGAAAGACGAUAAGUUGACCCCAAAGAUUGGCUUUCCAUGGAGUGAAAUCAGGAACAUCUCUUUCAAUGACAAAAAGUUUGUCAUUAAGCCCAUCGACAAGAAGGCACCCGACUUCGUGUUCUAUGCCCCCCGCCUUCGAAUUAACAAGCGGAUCCUGCAGCUCUGCAUGGGGAAUCACGAGCUGUACAUGCGCCGCAGGAAGCCCGACACCAUUGAGGUACAGCAGAUGAAGGCCCAGGCCCGGGAGGAGAAGCACCAGAAGCAGCUGGAGCGGCAGCAGCUGGAAACUGAGAAGAAGAGGCGAGAAACCGUGGAGAGAGAGAAGGAGCAGAUGAUGCGGGAGAAGGAGGAGCUGAUGCUCAGGCUGCAGGACUAUGAGGAGAAAACCAAGAAAGCAGAGAAAGAACUGUCAGACCAGAUUCAGAGAGCCCUGCAGCUAGAGGAGGAGAGGAAGCGUGCCCAGGAGGAGGCAGAGCGUCUGGAGGCUGACCGCGUGGCCGCCCUGAGGGCCAAGGAGGAGCUGGAGAGGCAGGCAGCAGAUCAGAUAAAGAGCCAGGAGCAGCUGGCCGCAGAACUAGCAGAGUACACAGCGAAGAUCGCCCUCUUGGAGGAGGCGCGGCGGCGCAAGGAGGACGAGGUCGAGGAGUGGCAGCACCGGGCCAAGGAAGCCCAGGAUGACCUGGUAAAGACCAAGGAGGAGCUGCACCUGGUGAUGACUGCCCCUCCACCCCCACCGCCCCCCGUCUAUGAGCCAGUGAGCUACCACGUGCAGGAUAACCUGCAGGAGGAGGGCACGGAGUACACGGGCUACAGCGCUGAGCUGUCCAGCGAGGGCAUCAUGGAUGACCGCAACGAGGAGAAGCGGAUCACCGAGGCUGAGAAGAAUGAGCGGGUGCAACGGCAGCUGAUGACCCUGACCAGUGAGCUGUCCCAGGCCAGAGAUGAGAACAAGAGGACCCACAAUGACAUCAUCCACAAUGAGAAUAUGAGGCAAGGUCGGGACAAGUACAAGACGCUGCGGCAGAUCCGUCAGGGCAACACCAAGCAGCGGAUUGAUGAGUUCGAGGCCCUGUAAGGCCAGGGUGCAGGGGCUCGCUGUCAGGCUCUGGAGCCGGUGUGGGUAGUUUUGUAAAUCUAGGGAACCCCCCCCCUCCUCCCCCGUCGUGUUCCAGGUCCUUUAACAAGACAGUAGUUGUUUCAGUGGGAAUGUUCUGGCGCUGGGAUCGAUGGGCGCUUCCAUGGUUUCUUUUUCCCAAUUGUAUCAUAGUGCCAAACAGGCCUGAUUUUAUUAUCACUUGUCAAUCACUUCCUGUUCUGUGCUUGCAGCAGGAUGGACUGAAGUAGGGAAGAUGCUGUCAAGUCUGAGUUAACAAACCCCAUGCUGACAUGUGCGACGCGAGAUAUGCAGUGUGUUUAAACCACACCAUGGCUUAGACUCCGUGCCAUAUUACUUUGUUUGGAAUUGGCUCAAAUUGAUUUUUUUGAUUUCUAGGAAGAAUUCCUUUGUAUAUUUGUUUUUUGAGAGGUGAAAAUUUUGAAAACAGACUAAAGCACUCACACACAUGCACACGCGGUGAUUUUUCUUGUGUUCCUUUGUACACAGAGGACACUUCAGCCUUGGACAAACUUGUUGGCUUUUUGGGUUUUUUGUUCAUUUGCUUAACAGUUAGAGGGCUACAUUGUUGGACUCACACCUAAUUAAUGAUCAGCUGUAGAGGAUAGUAUUUAUAUAUGUGACAAUAUGGGUUUGUAACAUUAGUUUAAAAAAGGGAAAGUUUCAUUCUGUAUAUUUUGUUACCUUUUACAGAAUAAAAGAAUUACAUAUUAAAAACCAUGUAACCAUGGCACUUGAUCUGAUGUGACCUGAAGUGGUAAUGAGGGGGAUUAACUGCUGUAAUCACAUCUGUAAAAAUGACUUGUCUUUGAGUGUUCUGUGUGCAUGUAAUUGUGCACAUUUCAGUUUCCUAUCUGAGCUUAUUUGCAAAAUAUACACAUGCUGUGUGGAUAAUUCAGACUCCAGCUAUGAAGGGACUCUUCCAACCUGGUGUUGUCUCCACAAGAAGAACCCAUUCUGACCUAGCCAGUUGUCUCCCUCAUCCCUGCGAACCUGCUGAAACAUCAGCUCUCGCUCACUUUUCAUGCUCGGCUGUGUCCUCUUCCUUUUUGGGUAAGAGCUGUGUUCAGAUGAACCCCACACCACAGAUUUGAGAAAUAAAAGAUGUGCAAGGCAA